AUGAACCAAAAGGAUUGCGAAUGUAUGUUAUCAGCUUUUGAUGAAACAGUAAAAAUAGGAAUGAACAGCAUUAUGCCUAUAAAGUCUAUCAAAGUUUAUCCUAAAGACGCACCCUGGAUGACUAUAAAGCUUAAGGAACUUAUACGUUUACGGCAGCUAGCUUUCCACUCCAACAAAGAAGGUAGCGAAUAUAAAACUUUGAGGACCAAAGUGAACAGAGAAAGGAAAACUAGCAAAGCAAAGUUUUAUUCAUUUAAAGUUGAAGAUUUGAAAGGUAAAAACCCCAAACAGUGGUGGAAGGAGAUCAAUAGGCUGAGUGGAGCGUUUACUCUGAGGAGUACAGACUCAGGUGACCUACUAAAUAAACUACAGGCAAUUCCAGAGCUACAAGAUAUGCCACGCAGGGACAUUGCAAAUCAAUUAAAUGCCGCAUUUUUAGAGCCUCUUCAAGCUUUCCACUUACUUGACCCUACUACAGUACGCGUACCUUUAGAAAAUGAUUCCGACAUCCUACAACUUCCUGUUUAUUGA